UACUAUUAGUUCUUAGUUGGUUGUAAUCUGUCGGUAGCAUAGGAGAUGGACAAAGAAAGCAUAACUGAAGCAGGGUUAUCAACUUCUCUGCUUGAAGAGAAGUCUGAGAUCCUUGGAGACAGUGGUGGCAGCCAUGGUGGUGAUGGUGGCAGUGAUGAGAGUGGAAGUUCUUCAGCCACAAGUGUGGUUGUGCUCAGCACCUUUGUUGCCGUCUGCGGUUCUUAUGUUUUUGGUUCUGCUGUGGGAUAUUCAUCACCUGCUGAAUCUGGAAUAACAAAUGAUCUGGGUCUCUCUGUUGCACAAUAUUCACUUUUCGGGUCAAUAUUGACGAUUGGAGCAAUGCUAGGUGCAAUAAUGAGUGGGAAGAUAGCUGAUUACAUUGGUCGAAGAGGUACAAUGGGCGUCGCUGAGAUAUUUUGCAUCAUUGGGUGGCUUGGGAUAGGAUUCUCAAAGGUUGAUUGGUGGCUAGACGUUGGAAGACUGUUGGUAGGAUAUGGGAUGGGCCUCAUUUCUUAUGUGGUUCCAAUUUAUAUUGCUGAAAUCACACCUAAAAAUCUUCGAGGAGGGUUUACAACAGUCCAUCAGUUGAUGAUAUGUUGUGGUGUGUCAAUGACAUAUCUCAUCGGAGCUUUCCUGAACUGGCGGAUUUUAGCCUUGAUUGGUACUAUUCCAUGUCUUAUUCAACUUCUCGGUCUAUUCUUCAUCCCAGAAUCACCAAGAUGGCUGGCAAAGAUUGGUAAAGCAAAAGAAUGUGAAGCUGCCCUGCAGCGCCUUAGGGGAGCAAAUUCUGAUAUUUCCGAUGAGGCAGAAGAGAUUAGAGAUUACACCGAAACCCUUCAAAGGCUUUCUGAAGGUAGCAUUUUUGAGUUAUUCCAAUGGAAAUAUGCUCAUUCCCUCAUUGUUGGUGUUGGCUUGAUGGUACUACAACAAUUUGGAGGAGUCAAUGGCGUUGCAUUUUAUGCAAGUGCUAUUUUCAUAUCAGCUGGGUUUUCGGGUAGUGUUGGGAUGAUAGCUAUGGUUGUGGUUCAGGUUCCAAUGACAUUGCUGGGAGUACUUUUGAUGGACAAAUCCGGACGAAGACCACUUUUGCUGGUGUCUGCAGCAGGAACAUGCUUGGGUUGCUUCCUCACUGCAUUAUCAUUUUUCUUGCAGGAUCUCCAACAAUGGAAGGAUGUAACUCCUUUUUUGGCACUUGUUGGAGUGCUGGUAUACACAGGAUCUUUCUCACUAGGCAUGGGAGGCAUACCUUGGGUUAUAAUGUCCGAGGUAUUCCCCAUAAACAUGAAAGGCUCAGCUGGAAGCCUUGUGACAUUGGUUAGCUGGUUAGGUUCUUGGAUUAUAUCCUAUGCUUUCAACUUUCUAAUGAAUUGGAGCUCAGCUGGAACAUUCUUCAUAUUCUCAACCAUUUGCGGCUUAACUGUCCUAUUUGUGGCAAAGCUAGUACCAGAAACCAAGGGGCGAACUCUGGAAGAAAUACAAGCAUCAAUGAAUCCAUUUUCAGCAAGAUGAUAAAUUAGGAUCUUGCUUUUUGUUGCAAGUGUUAAUCUUGUUCCUUGUUAAGAACAUUACUGUAAUUCUUCGACGAUACAAUUUACCAAAAAACCUAAAAAAAAAAAAACUCACACAAUGAGCUCAACCAAGAAGUUUCCGGGCCAAGUGUUGAGAUGAUUUGGUGGAUACUAGUUGCCACACAAAAACACAGUUAUGUGAACCAUAGUAAAGCUCUGAAAUUUCAACAUUCCUAAUAAACCUUACCUUCAUCAGGAAUGUAAUAUGGUACACAACUAAAAUUGUUUGCAGGGCCAAAGUUCUGCAACACC